GCUCUGCCCACUUCUCGAAGCAAAAGCCCCACACAAAACUAAACAAAAAAAAAAAAAACGAAAGAAAAAAAAAAGAGAGAGGAGCAGCCGAGUCGGCCAUGGCGCGGUCGCCGGCGGCGAGGAAGCCCUCGGCGGCGCAGACCGUCGCGGUGACGCUGGCGCUGGCGCUCGCCUCCGCGGGGCUCCUCUUCCUCCUGUUCCACCUCUCCCCGUCCAGCCCCACCCCGCACCCGCACCCGCACCGCCGCCUCCGCCUCCGCGGCGCGCGCGCCUCCCCCUCCCCGCGCGGCCAGAUCCCGUUCGACCCCGUCAUCGCGGGCCUCGAGCGCCGCCGCGACGACCGCGAGUGGGAGCGCCUCGCCGCCGCGGGGCUGCACGCGCCGGGGUUCGAGGCGGCGCCCGUCCCCGAGGACUACAUCGACGGCGGCGGCGGCUUCGGCGCCGACCCCGACGAGGACUACAUCAACGACGCCGCGCGGUUCAACCUGACGCGGCGGGUGGAGGCGCUGUUCCCCAAGAUCGACGUCGACCCCGCCGACGGCGCCGUGACGCCCGCCGAGCUGACCGCCUGGAACCUCGCUUCCGCGCGCCGCGAGGUGAUGCACCGCACCGCCAGGGAGCUCGACCUGCACGACCGCGACCACGACGGUCGCAUCGCCUUCUCCGAGUACGAGCGCCCCAGCUGGGCAUGGCGGUUCGAUGAUCAUAACUCAUCCAAUGAUGGGGUGGGAUGGUGGAAGGAGGAGCACUUUAAUGCUUCGGAUAUGGACGGUGAUGGCUUCCUAAAUCUGAUAGAGUUUAACGACUUCUUACAUCCAGCCGAUACUACGAACCCAAAGCUAAUAAAUUGGUUGUGCAAAGAAGAAGUCAGGGAAAGAGAUAAAGAUAAUGAUGGAAAACUCAAUUUUCAAGAGUUCUAUAAUGGAUUAUUUUACUCAAUUCGGCAUUUUGAUGAGGAGGCUUCAACAGAUGACUCCAAUGCUUCUGAUGCACCCGCAAGAAAAUCAUUUACACAUCUUGAUCUGGAUAAUGAUGGGCUUUUGUCAGCAGAUGAGCUAAAACCUAUUAUUGGAAAUCUCCACCCACCAGAACACUUCUAUGCCAAGCAACAAGCUGACUAUGUGAUAACACAGGCUGACACAAACAAAGAUGGGCAACUGAGUUUGCAAGAGAUGAUUGAGAACCCAUAUGUAUUCUACAGUGCUUUAUUCACAGAAGAUGAUUAUGGGUUUCAUGAUGAGCUUCGGUAGUUCCUGGAUGCAGGAGGUACUCAGGAAUCACCCACCUAUGGAACACUUCAUUAGACAUCGAUGUGAAUAGAUAACUCCCAUCAUCUGUAGGUUUCACCUAUGGGCUGCAAGAACAUUCGAGGGUGAUUCCAUGUAUAACACGAGCGUGUUUCAUGUACACAGUUCUAUAAGUAGGGCGUUCUUUUGUAACCUUAACCUUUCUUGAUUUAUUUUCUUCAUAUGUAUGAUGAGGUAGCAUUGGUUCUUUUAUUUUUUUUUAUUAUUGCAAAGUAGAACUAUAUUUUUGGAUCACACACUUGUAAAACUACACAACAAGAGAAGUGCAACCAUAGGCUGCAUAUCAGCUUUCUUGAACUCAUGAUUGCGGAAA